CAAAAUCCUCCCGCUCGCAACACUAAAGAUGAUGUUGUGCAGUCUAAGUGGCCAGGUGCCUGUGGAGCCCGUGGUGUCGCUCAAGUCGGGCCACGUGUUCGAGAAGCGUCUGCUGCUCAAGUACUUGGAGCAGAACCAGCAGCGCUGUCCCGUUACGGGCGAAGAAUUGGACGCCGAGCAGGAUCUGCUAGCGCUGAAGGCGGCCCCGUCAACCAAGUCUUCGGCCACGUCGGCCAAGGCGGCGGCCUUCGCGCCCGAGGCGGCCAGCAUCCCGCAGCUAUUGGCCACGUUCCAGAACGAGUGGGACGCCGUUAUUCUCGAGACUUUCACGCUCAAGCAGCAUCUGGAACAGACGCGUCAGGAACUGAGCCACGCGCUGUACCAGCACGACGCCGCUUGCCGCGUUAUUGCGCGCCUGAACGCAGAGAAUGCCACACUUAAGGAGCGCGUCACACAGCUGGCAUCGGGUGAACAGGACGACGUGGACAUGCAGGACGGCGCGCAGACCGGCGCCGCGCUUGCUCCCGAGGUGCUGGCCACCGUUGAGGCGAAGCAGAAGGAGCUGGCCAAGAAGCGCAAGGCCUUUAAAAAGAAGGACGGGCCGCAGCGGGCCGCGCUGCUCAGUGGCCUGGCCGACUGGAAAAUGGCCUCAAGCCACACGCUGCACGACUCGGACAAGCCCGGCGUCACGUGCGUGGCCAUCGACAGCAAGCGGCCGACGCUGGUGGCCACGGGCGGAGUGGACAAACACGCCAAGAUCUUCGACACGGACAAACAGCAGCUCGUGGCCACACUGACGGGCCACAGCAAGAAGCUCAGCCAUGUGGAGUUCCACCCAACGGCCGACAUGGUACUCACGGCGUCGCACGACAAGACAGUGAAGCUGUGGACCCCGCAGGAACAGGGAUACGGCGUCGGCUAUACGCUCGACGGCUUCGAUGACGCGGUGGCCAGCUCUUCCAUCCACCCAACGGGCAACUACGUCUUGUCCGGCUCACUUGACGCGACGUGGGCCAUCCACGACGUGCGUCGCGGCCACCUGCUCUCACGCUACACGCUCAACGGCGAGCUGGCCAUGCCCGACGCAUCGGCCGGCAAGCCCAAAAAGGCGGCGAACGAGGCGCGUUGCGCUCGAUUCCAUCCGGACGGCGGCAUCUUCGGCACGGCUGCUAAGAGCAAAUUGGUGCAGAUGUGGGCGGUGAACUCUCUCUCCAACGUCGUGACGUUCGAGGGCCACGCUGCGCCUGUGACGGCGCUGGGCUUUUCGGAGAACGGCUACCAUCUAGCGUCGGGAAGCGAAGACGGCGUGGUGAAGCUCUGGGAUCUGCGCAAGGCCACGAGCUUCUUCGAGUUGGACCUGAAGAAGGAGCAGCCCAAGCUCAAGCUGGGAGCCAUCCACUCCAUCAACUUCGACGCCAGCGGCUCUCAUCUCGCUGUUGCGAGCGUACAGAGUGUUCAGGUGCUGAAGGAGGUGAGCAAGAACCACUGGGAAGUGGUCAAGACGCUGAGCGACCACAAGGCUGCCGUCACAGGCGUCCAGUUCGCGCCGGACUCGAGCUUCCUGGCCUCCACGUCCAUGGACCGCUCGCUCAAGAUUUACAGAUAAGCGAGCCAGACCACCAACCUAAGGUCUUCGAACUCAGUUAGCUGCAUCACUGCACCAAGGCACGACAGCAUGAGGCUGCCGGGCCACACAACCAGCAUUCAGACGGAUAAACCUGCUUGGCAGAUACCGAAGAAAUAAUACAAACUGUUGGCUGUUGGCUGGUCAAGAUCUCAAAAGGUAUAACUCAGUGAAUAAAGAUUUGCAUGCUAUUAGAAUCAACGGAUCAACGGAAGAUCGAGCCAUUGGAAGACGACGAGGACGAUGGUCGCAGAGCUCGCGGCAGAUACCCUUGCAACACGUCGGCGUGCUCGCGCAGAAGUCGCUGUUUGGCAGCCUCCACCACCUGGCGUCGGUAGUUCUCGUCCUGUU